AUGUCAGGUUCCCAUCAACCAAACCCACCAAACCCCCAACCUCCCCAGCAUCCACCCUCCCCAAAUACCUGCCCAAAAUGCGACGCCCCCAUCACCUACGCCGCCGCCCUCGGUUCCAUCAACCAGCCAAAACCAACAUGGUGUGACUCCUGCAACGAAAAGCUGAAAUCCAUUAUCUCCGGUUGUGUACAAAUUGAACAAGUAAUCCGCAAUUUCAGGACAUCUCAGCUCCUAAGUAUCAAGAAACUGGCUUGGGAUGGCAACGAUUUAGCACAGGAGUUGGAGGGUCGUGGGAUGGGUUUUACGGCCAUGGUGGUUCGGAGCGGGAUAGGGGGGUCUUUACAAGUGCAAUCUCAAGCGCAACCUCAACCUCAACCACAACUUCAACCUCAGGCUCAACGUCAACGUCAACGUCAACGUCAACCUCAACGUCAACCACAGGCUCAACCGUCUCUAAGAAACCGCGGACGUCUUCCCCAAGAUAUCCCUCGUCCUUCCAUAGAAGACAGAGUAAACUGUUCCGGAUGCCUAAAGAUGCACUCACGCGCCUCGCCUGAACUUUCGACGCCAUCGCCACCAGAUAGAAUCUGCACUGUCUGUCGCCGUACGAUCUGGAUAUGGUGCGAGACUUGUGACUUGGAGUAUUUGCUAGGAGGAAAGAAGGGAGAUGAUGGACAGAUGACAGUUGUCUGUCGUGGGUGUGGCGAGGAGUUGAGGAGGUAA